AUGGCGGAGGAGAGGCUGGUGGUGGAGGUGGUGGCGGCGCACAACCUGAUGCCCAAGGACGGGCAGGGCUCGUCGUCGUCGUUCGUGGAGGUGGAGUUUGAGCACCAGCGGCAGCGCACCAGUGUCCGGCACAAGGAUCUCAACCCCGUGUGGAACGAGCGCCUCGUCUUCUCCGUCUCUGACCCUGCUGAUCUACCCUACCGCGCCAUCGACGUCAGCGUGUACAAUGAACGCUCCUCCACCAGCUCCCGCAACUUUCUCGGCAAGCUGCGCAUCACCGCUGCCGGCGUCCCCGCCCCCGGAGAAGAGCCCGUUCCCCAGCUCUUCACGCUCGAGAAGCGCAGCCUCUUCUCCCACAUCCGCGGCGAGCUCAGCCUCAAGAUCUACCGGGUCCUCGCCGGCGAGAUGCGCGACGACGUCUCCACCAACCAGGCGGUGGCCAAGGUGAAAGAGCCCGGUGUUAACCUCCCCGGCGGGAGGAAGCACCAGCAGCAGCAGCACCAGCAGCAGCAGCACCAACAGCAACAGGCCGCGACGGCGCAGAUUCAGCAGAAGCGCCAGCAGCAGUCGAAGCAGCAACAACAGCAGCAGCAGCAGCAGCAGCAGCAACAGCCUUCCCAAAGCCAGAUGCAACAUCAGCAGCAGGGGAAGCAGAACCAGGCGGGGCCUGCCUCCGGUCCCAUGGAUUUCAAGCCGGUGGUCCUCACUGCGGGGCCGCCCCUGCGCCCACACGACGUGUUCCCUCCCGGCGCGGCCGUGUGGCCGGGGAGCAACCAGCACCACCAGGAGUUCUCCCUCAAGGAGACCAGCCCCCACCUUGGCGGAGGCGCCGUCAAUGGCGACAGGUCCAGCGCCACCUACGACCUGGUCGAGCAGAUGAAGUACCUGUACGUGCGGGUGGUGAAGGCGCGGGGCCUCCCCGUUGCCGGUGGCUUGUCCCCCCACGUCGAGGUCAAGCUGGGGAACUACCGCGGCUUCACCAAGGGAACCCCCGGCCUCUACUGGGACCAGGUCUUCGCCUUCUCUAGCGACUGCAUUCAGAGCACGACGGUGGAGGUCUUCCUCAAGGAGAAGGAGGGGCGCGAGGAUUUCAUCGGGUGGGUGGCCUUCGAUAUGGGCGAGGUCCCCCGCCGCGCGCCACCGGACAGCCCCCUCGCGCCGCAGUGGUACCGGAUGGACGACCGAAAGGGGGAAAAGUCCGCCGGCGAGGUGAUGCUGGCCGUCUGGUUCGGGACGCAGGCCGACGAGUGCUUCUCCGAGGCGUGGCAUUCCACGGCGGCGGGGGUUCAGGGCGACGGCCUCGCCGCCAUCAAGUCCAAGGUCUACCUCUCCCCGAAGCUCUGGUACCUCCGGGUGGCGGUGAUGGAGGCACAGGACCUGGUGCCGGGGGAGAAGGGCGCAGUCAUGGCCGGCCGCUACCCGGAGCUCUUCGUCAAGGCCCAGGUGGGGAACCAGAUCAUGUGGACGCGGCCGGCGCGUGUCUCUGCGAGCCGGAGUCCCUCCAGCCCCGUCUGGAACGAGGACCUGAUCUUCGUUGUGGCGGAGCCCUUCGAGGACUACCUCGCCGUCUUCGUGGAGGACCGCGUCGGCCCCGGCAGGGACGAGGUGCUCGGUCGCUUGCUGGUUCCCGUCGCCGCCGUCGAGCAGCGCUACAGCGACAAGGUCGUCCCUUCCCGGUGGUUCGGCCUGGAAGGGGCUCACGGCGAGCGGCCGGGGAGGUUCGCCAGCCGCCUGCAACUCCGUCUCUCCCUCGACGGGGGGUACCACGUCCUGGACGAGGCCUCCAUGUACAGCAGCGACCUGCGGGCAACGGCGAAGCAGUUGUGGGAGCCCUGCAUCGGCGUGCUGGAGAUGGGCAUCCUGGGGGCCUCCGGCCUGGUGCCCAUGAAGACGAAGGAGGGGAAGGGGGGCUCCGCCGACGCCUACUGCGUGGCCAAAUACGGCCCCAAGUGGGUCAGAACCCGUACUGUCAUUGACUCCCUCUGCCCCCGGUGGAACGAGCAGUACAAGUGGGAGGUGUUCGAUCCCUGCACCGUCGUCACGGUGGGGGUCUUCGACAACUGCCAUCUCGACAGGGCGAUGGGCGGCGGUGGCGCCGCCGCCGCCGGUGUCAGGGACUGUCGGAUUGGGAAGGUCCGGAUCAGGCUGUCCACGCUCGAAUCGGACCGUCUGUACACCCACGCGUACCCUCUGCUGAUUCUGCACCCGUCCGGGGUGAAGAAGAUGGGGGAGCUCCAUCUGGCCGUACGCUUCUCCUGCUCUAACACCGCCGGCAUGCUCCACCUCUACCUGAGGCCGCCGCUCCCCAAGAUGCACUACCUGGAGCCCAUUUCUGUGCAGAAGGUGGAGCACCUCCGGUACCGGGCCAGCGAGGUGGUGGCCUCCCGGCUGAGCCGGGCGGAGCCGCCGCUGGGGCGAGAGGUCGUCGAGUACAUGCUGGACAAGGGCUCCAACCUGUGGAGCAUGCGGCGGAGCAAGGCGAACUUCUUCCGCCUGGUCUCCGUCUUCGCCUGGCCCAUCGCCAUCUUCCGCUGGGUCGAAGCGGCGAGGACCUGGCAUCGGCCGACGUACUCCGUGAUGGUCGCCGUCGCUCACGUCCUCUCGAUGAUAUUCCCGGAGGUGAUCCUCCCCUGCCUGUUCCUCGCCAUGGCGGUACUGGGGCUGUGCCGCUACCGGCGGCGCUCGCGCCACCCCCCGUACAUGGACAUCCGCCUGUCACAGGCCGAGUCUGUGCACCAGGACGAGCUGGACGAAGAGUUCGACACAUUCCCUAGCUCCUUGCGGAGCGUGGAGCUGAUGAGCCUGAGGUACGACCGCCUGCGGAGCGUGGCCAUGCGAUUGCAGUCCAUGAUGGGCGACGUCGCCACCCAGUGCGAGCGCUUCCAGUCGCUGCUCGGGUGGCGCGAUCCCCGGGCCACCCUGCUCUUCCUGGGCUUCUGCGUCGCCGCCGCCGCCCUGUUCUACGCCAUGCCGGCGAGGCUGGUGGUGGGCCUGUGGGGGCUGUACGCCCUGAUGCCCCCCAAGCUGAGGAGCCGUCUCCCCUCGCCCUUCAUGAAUUUCUUCAAGCGGCUUCCCUCCAAGGCCGACUCUCUGUUGUAG